AUGACGGCCAACGCAGCCCAGUCUCGCCGGAGCCACGGCGGCCACUCGCACCACCACCACCACCAUGGCCACGACAACGUCUACCUGACCUCGGGCAACAAGAACGACGCCGGCGUGCGCAUCACCCGCAUCGGCCUCUACUCCAACCUGGGCAUGGCCUUUGCCAAGGGAGCUGGCGGCUACGCCUUUGGCUCCCAGGCCAUGAUUGCCGAUGCCUGGCACAGCCUGACCGACCUGGCCUCCGACAUCCUGACGCUGGCCACUGUCUCGUGGAGCCUGAAGCCCCCGACCGACGCUUUCCCCACUGGUUUCGGCAAGAUCGAGAGUCUGGGGUCUCUGGGCGUCUCCAGCAUGCUCCUGGGCGGCGGCCUGUUCAUGUGCUGGAGCAGCUUGAUCACCCUCCACGCCCACCUCUUCCUUGACCCUGCAGCGGCUGCAGAGGCCAUUGCCCACGCCCACCACGGCCACAGCCACGGCCACGGCCAUGUUGGCCCGAGUUUGCACGCCGCCUGGUUGGCCCUGGGUACGGUCGCAGUGAAGGAGUGGCUGUACCAAGCUACCAUGAAAGUCGCCCGCGAACGAAAGUCCUCCGUCCUUGCCUCCAACGCCGUCCACCACCGUGUCGACAGCUGGACCGGCAUCGUCACACUGCUCGCCAUCCUGGGUGCAAACUUUUUCAAGGACGCAACCUGGCUGGAUCCCGUCGGCGGCCUCAUGAUUUCCCUCCUCGUCAUCAAGGCCGGAGCCGAAAACACCCUCUCCGCCGUGUAUGAAUUGGCCGACCGUGCCAUUGACGACGAAGUCAAGGACGAUGUCCGGAAAUACGCCCUGAGGAGCCUCUCCGACGUUACCGAGGGCCAUGAGGUCGACGUCCGCAACGUUUCCGGCGUCAAGUCGGGCCAGAAUUACCUGGUGGACAUUGAUUUGGCCGUGCCCGGAGCCUGGUCGGUCGAGGCCGUCCGUGAUGUGGAGGACCAGGUCCGCACUCUGGUCGGCGCCAAGGUCCGGGGUGUGCGGAGGAUCAAGGUGCGCUUCGUCCCAAAGGAGGCCGAAAUCGCGCCCAAGUUUGAUGAGUUCAUCCCGGGCGAAGCCAAUCGGGAGGCUAGCGAGGAGGCAGAGGACCACAGCCACACCAACGGCAACGGCAACGGCCACAAGCACAAAUAA